UUCAAUUGUCAACCGACUCUGAACGAUUUUCCUCUGCCCCGCCCAACCGGCCUACUGGUUCUACUGGUUUUCCUUUUCAACAAAAUUUCAGAGAGGUAAAUUACUUCCCUUUUCAGCUACCCAAAACUUCUCAAUGGACAAGGUGGUGGAGGAAGUUGAAAAGGCUAAAAAAGAAUGGGAAGAAACACACAACAAAACCCAAGAACACAUCAAAUCAAUCUCAGAGUACAGAAAGUCAGGAAUAGGAUCUCACAUAGAGGAAAAGAAUUCACUGCCCAGAUUGAAUAGUCUGGCUCAAGAUGAGUUGAAUUUGCUCAAAUCAUUGCAGUUCAAGCUCGAUCUAUUGGCACCACAACUACCCACAAUUGAUGAAGUGGAAAAGGCACUGUCUUUGCUUCAAUAUUGGAAAACCCAAAUCCAAAGUUUGCGACUAAGUUUGAGAAAUGCUAAUUUACAAGCAAAGGCAAACAAGAGGAAAGCUGCUCAAGAAGAGAGGGAGCUUCUUUUGGGAGGUGGAGAAGAGUCCACAAUUCGCAGGCGCAAUUUACAGACAAAAGCUGGAAUGACAUCUGCGGCAGAAAGCAUCACAGAGAGCCUUCGUCGUACUCGUCAACUGAUGGUUCAGGAGGUUGAAAGAAGUGCAAGCACACUCAUGACUUUUGAGGAAUCAACAGGAGUAUUAAGGAAAGCUGAAGGUGAAUACAAGGGCCAUCGCUCAUUGCUGAUGCGGACGCGAAACCUACUCUCCACAAUGCAGUGCCAAGAUGUCCUUGACAGGGUGAUACUUGUUGCUGGGUUUCUCUUGUUCUUGUUGGCUGUUCUUUAUGUUGUUUCAAAGCGCAUGGGGAUAGUCAAGUUGUAGAGAAAGGUUGUGGCUACACUAAAGGCUGGUAUGGCUGGACAAGUGGAGAUUGGACCUAGAGCAGGUGGAAAUGGUGUAAACCUUGCUCAGGUACAUGACAAUGCAGUACCCAACUUGGAUGUACCAUUAGAACAACCUAUGCAUGAUGAACUUUAAAGUUUCUCCAUGUAUAAUUUUUUUGAGUCUCUAUGCAAGUAUACGGAUGUCCCAAACUACUUUAAUUCCAUGCUCUUUGUUUCACAUCAAGGGCAGAAAUGUCAUGCUAUAUGUAGACAACAACCACAUUUGUUCCCCUGCCCUCUUGCCCUCUCCUCUGCUUUUGUGGAAUUUCGAAAAUUGAAGAACAUAUAUAAGUGUGCCUUUCUCUUGCAGAAACUGUU